CAAUUUUUAAUUUAUUUAUCUUCCUUUAAAUUCAAUCCUCAGAUCUUUGUAAGAGUCAUCCAUAUCAUACGCUUCACUUUCCCUAGAAAAAAAUUGUAUCACCUUCUUUUAAAGUCUGCAUUUUUUUGAGUGGGUGGGUUGAGGCUACUGUGCAAGUUUUGGAAUUUCUUCACCUCUGCAACUUCAAUGGCCACCGAAGAGGUUAAUAAACCUCAAUCACUUCCUCCAUACCCUGAGCUGAUAUUCAAGGCCCUUGAAGCACUGAAUGAACCAACCGGAUCGAGCAAAUCGGCAAUAUCAAAGCACAUAGAAUCGACCUAUGGUGAGUUACCAGACUCAACUCUUUUGGGUAAUCAGCUUAACAAGAUGAAAGAGAGUGGAGAGCUAGUGUUUGUGAAAAACAACUACAUGAAGGCUGAUCCAAGUGCCCCACCAAAGAGGGGUCGUGGAAGGCCACCUAAGCCAAAGGUUCCUCUGCCACCUGGCACUGUCCUGUCCCCUCCAAGGCCAAGGGGUCGUCCACCAAAGGACCCUAAUGCCCCUCCUAAGACCCCUAAGUCUAAGGCCACCCCUGGAAGUGGCAGGCCAAGAGGAAGGCCAAAGAAGAUUGCACGGUCACCGUCGGUGGCGGCUCCGACCGCC